AUGGGGGCAGCUUUGAUCAAGAUUUUCUCGCCUGGGGGCGUCCAGACGGUUGGUUCCGUUCUCGAUCGAGUCAUAUCGCAGCCCAGCACCGAGGAACACACAGUUCUGUACAAGCUUGCUGAUUACAAGAAAGGCGGUUUGCUGUUGGAGGCAUACACCAAAGGGGGCAUGUCGGCCGCGGAGAGGCUGAUACGCGAGGAUUUCUCGGGUUACAUGUACGCCGGUGGGAGGGGCCGCGUCAUCAACAGGGCCGAGUAUCUGCGGUGGAAGUUCAGAGACCAGGAGCAGGUUGUGUUGCCGAUAGAGGCGUCUCUGUCUCCGCACGACCCUCUCGCCAAAUGGGAAGACCACAUGGCCUGUUGGCAGAUGAGCUACCGUGGGGCACUGGGAGAGUCUUUGCUCCACUUGCUCAUCAUUUGCGACACCAAGAUUCAUACGCGGCUAGCAAGGACCUUGGUUAAAUGUUUUCCAAAAUUAUCUCUUGACGUUGUUGAAGGCGAAGAAUAUUUAGGGGCGAGUUCGUUACAUCUAGCGAUUGCGUACAGCAACAAUGAGUUAGUCCAGGACUUAGUCGAAGCGGGAGCUGAUGUCAGUCAAAGAGCUAUCGGCAGCUUCUUCCUGCCACGCGACCAGCAACGCGUGCCGCCGUCCCGACAGACGAACUACGAGGGCCUGGCCUACCUGGGCGAGUAUCCCCUCGCGUGGGCGGCCUGCUGCGCCAACGAGGCGGUGUACAACCUGCUUCUCGACUCCGGAGCCGACCCAGACGCCCAGGAUUCGUUUGGCAAUAUGAUACUGCACAUGGUGGUCGUCUGCGAUAAAUUGGACAUGUUCGGCUACGCGCUGCGACACCCGAAGGUGCCGGCCAGCAAUGGGCGAAUGAACCACGCGGGCUUCACGCCCUUGACCCUCGCGUGCCAACUGGGCAGAGCCUCUGUCUUCCGUGAGAUGCUUGAGCUCUCCUCCAGGGAGUUCUGGCGCUACUCCAACAUCACGUGCUCCGCUUACCCCCUGAACGCGCUUGACACUUUGCUGCCGGACGGAAAGACGAAUUGGAACUCUGCGCUUUUUAUAAUUCUGAACGGCACCAAGCAGGAGCACCUGAACAUGUUGGACGGUGGCAUCAUCCAACGGCUUCUCGAGAGAAAUGGAAGACCUUUGCCCGGAACGCAAGCGUCCAUUGAAUAUGAAACCAAUACGAUCCAGCAAAAGUUCCUCAAGCGGCUCAUGAUCUUCAUGCUGCACCUGCUCCUCCUCUCCGUGUCCGUGUACCUGAGGCACAGCAGCGCGGAGGCGGACGCCAACCCCGACUGGGGGCUGGAGGUGACGGACGCGAGGAGCGGGCUCCGGCUGGCCAGCGAGCUCGGCACGAUCCUCAGCACCCUCUGCUACAUCAUACUGCAGCAGGGCGACGAGAUCAAGAACCAGGGCGUGGCGGCGUACUUCAAACAGUUGAUUCACGAGCCGGCAAAGUUUAUAUUUUUGGCGUCGAACAUUCUGCUGCUGGCUUGCAUCCCAGCGAGACUGUCUCGCCAGAUGAUGUUGGAGGAAGCGAUACUGAUUUUCGUACUGCCAGGGUCCUGGUUUCUCCUCAUGUUCUUCGCAGGCGCUGUAAAGCUGACGGGACCUUUCGUGACGAUGAUCUACAGCAUGAUAACUGGCGACAUGUUCACGUUCGGCAUCAUCUACACCAUCGUGCUGUUCGGCUUCUCCCAGUCCUUCUACUUUCUUUACAAAGGCUUUCCGAAUGUCCAGUCCACGCUGUUUUCCAGUUAUCCAAGCACUUGGAUGGCGUUAUUCCAAAUCACUCUGGGAGAUUAUAGUUACACGGACUUGGCUAUGACAACGUACCCGAACCUGGCGAAGGCGGUAUUCGCCGUAUUUAUGGUCUUCGUGCCGAUCUUAUUGCUGAACAUGCUCAUCGCCAUGAUGGGCAACACUUACGCGCACGUCAUCGAGCAGUCGGAGAAGGAGUGGGUCAAGCAGUGGGCGAAGAUUGUGGUGGCUUUGGAGCAGUCUGUGGCGCAGGAGGACGCGCAUCGCUACCUACAGGAGUACUCCAUAGGCCUGGGACCCUCAGACGACCCGCGAUACGAGCAGCGGGCCGUGAUGGUCAUCAAGAGCAAAGCGAAAACGCGCGCGAAACAACGCAAGGGCGCCCUCGCCAACUGGAAGCGAGUCGGGAAAGUCACCAUUGCCGAACUGCGGCGUCGCGGCAUCAGCGGCGAGGAGUUGAGGAGGUUGAUGUGGGGACGCGUUUCCAUUUCCACACCGACGAAGGCGCCUCUACCGCGUGUUCCGGCGCCGGACUGCGUGACGUCAGCGGAGGCGGCCCUGGGCGGCGAAGCUGGUAACGGGGUGGGCACAGCGCUCUCGUCCGCCCUCAACGUCAUGGCGUUCACCCACGAGCUCGACCUUGGAACCACUGGUCAGGAACCGUCGCAGAAGCAAGCGACGCCAGAUCUUUUAGUGAACGGCAAAACUUUACUCAAUACGACGGCCGCUUCACAAGUACAGUCAACAGCCAAUCAGCUGACUGCACCGCCGACUGUGGACCUCAACGCCACCGUACCUUCGCCUGCUGCGUCAAGCAACUUGGAUAUGAAGUCAACGAGCCCCGCUAUGGAUGCCCUGACAUUAAAUAUGAAUACUGGGCCUUUACUAGGACUACCAUCAGGUUUGACUUCUACCGGUCAAGAAAAUUCCCUUCUGCAAUCUCCUCCCCAACCAUCUACCGUCAGCGAGGAGGUGUUUAGAGACUAUCUGCUGGAGUUAGUUUUAUUGGCCGAGCAAACUGAACCCAACGACCCGCAGUUGAAGACACUAGCGGAGCAGGCGGCCGACCUUUCGCAUGUACCGGUUAUAGACAUCAAUAUAAGUACGGCGGCAAAGUCGACGCGUAAAAUGGUGGCUGGCGCAGUUUCCGGAUUGUUCGGUGUGGCGGCAGACGCGCCGGCGCCCGAGGCGGGCUGGCGGAGGGAGAGGCACGACCAAAGCGACAGCGACCCUAUAUCCGAGUCUGCGCUGUUGGGUCGUGCUUCCCGCGCAAGACGAGCCCGAUCGGCUUCUCGUCGCGCCGCACCGCCACCGCCCCAUCUUUACGUACCGGCUAGGUCUAUGUAUUUGGUGGCCUCUGAGAGUAGCGCAGUAGAAAGCGACGCGCCAUGGGAAGAACCAAUAAGUUCAGGAAAUAAUUCAGCUUUAGCAGGCUCGCGAGAUGAUGCGGCCCGUAUGAAGGCAGUCCGACCUCUGUGCAUACAGCACGCCACCGCGCAACCACAAGUAGAACACUCGUUAUUCGUAACAGGUGCAGGCACCGGAGCUGAAGUAGAAUGUGCAGCUCCUCCGAUAUCUGUGCCAAAACGUCAAAAGCGCGUACGUCCAAAGACAGCCCGGCCUCGGAGAAAUAGAGUUUCUCCAGUGCCUGAAGCGGGCAGCCCACUCCAGCCGUGGGCGACGGCGCCGCUCAACAAACUCUCGCGUUUCCUCCACUCCGGCGAAUCCUCCGCGUCUCUGACAUCACAAACGUCAAAAGAAAGUGGUUCCAAACAAGAUAUUGAUAUU